UCCUGCGACCAGCGUGUGCUGCAAGCGUUCCGGCCCUCCUCGUUGUACGUGCGUGCAGUGCACCCAGAGACGUUCCUGUUUUCGUCCGACUCCAUCAACAUGAAGAGGACUUUGACUGGAAUUCCCGCGUCAGCCGGCCAGCCCUCGACCACGGGAGCCGUCCAGCCCUCGACCUCGGGGACCAGCCAGCUUGUGUCAUCUCAGGUAUGUGCACCGUCAUCAGGGAAUGGGUGUGCAUACUGUGGCAAGUUAUUUACUGUUAGCCAUAGUGCCAGACGGCAUGAACGUGCGUGCCAGGCAAAUCCCGGCUGUACUACCACCAGCCAAUGUCAUAUCUAUGGUAAGAAAACAAGCCGCAAAGACAGUUUGGCCCGCCACAUUCGAACAUGUGAGGGCACGGUCGAGCAAAGCUCAGGCUCGAGGUGCAUUCACUGCGGGCAGCAUUUCAAAUAUAGCCAUGAAGCCAGACGCCACGAAAAGAGCCAGUGCCUGUUCAAUCCUGGCCGUAUGAGCUAUACAUGCGUAAAGUGCCAGGGCAAAUUCACACGUAAAGAUAAUUUAUUGACGUACAUCAAGACGUGCAAGGGCCUGGCUCCUCAGGCCGCUAAGAGACAGCGCAUGGACGACUCCUCUGGCCUGCAACAGCCCGGCCCCAGCACUCGUCCGCAAUACGUGAGGAGUGUGCCCGACCAGGCACAGCGAGACUUGGAGGCGCAAGCGCCUGACCAGGCUCAGGUUGACUUGGGGGCAGUCGGUUCCGGGUUUGUUGAGGCGGAGAGUGCGUUCCGCAGAAAUUUGAAAACGUUAGUGCCAGUCAACAUUGGUGCGACCAAAGAUAUUUGCACGUACCUGGGUGAAAUGAAAAAUAAAAUUUAUCGAUCGCAUUUCCCAGGAAGUACGUGAGAAUGGCCUAGUAAAGUUCAAUGUUUGGCUUGAAUGUGAUUAUGCCAAGCCCGCUCCCUUCGAUGAAGGUGUAGACAAGAGGGCAUUCAAGACAAAGAAUAUACCCAUCUAUGAAGAGAGUGACAUUGAAGAGGCAGUAACGGAAUGCAUUGAGAAAAUAUGUAGGGAGGAAGACGAAUAUGUCAGUAGAGGCUCGGGGUGGAUCUGUCUUCAGUAAAAAAAAUUCAGCUACGUUUCAACAAGUUAGUACCACUGUGAGUCUCCUCCUACAUUGAUCUACCAUCCACAAUCAAGAACAGGAAAGCAUGCAUAAAUCCCAUGAACCUGGAAGAUAACGAGUGCUUCAAGUGGGCCAUACUGGCGUGGUACGUGGAGGGGGAACGUGUCAACCGAGUCGACCAUCGAUACCGUGAGCUUCAAGGUAAAUUUGAUUUUUCAGGACUGGAGUUACCCACCCCCCUCCACCAAAUCAAAGUGUUUGAGAGGAACAAUCUCGAAGUGUCUGUCAACAUCUACAGCAUCGAUGAGAACGACAAGAUCGCGCCAGUGCGUGUGGGGAAGGAGGAAAAGCAACACCAUUUCGACCUCCUGUUGCUAACGUCCGAAGAUAAGAACUCGCACUUUUGUUACAUAAAAAAUUUCUCAAGACUCGUCAGGCCCCAAAUCACCGCCCACAAAGAAAAAAUUAAUGUGUGUAAGAGAUGUUUUACGUACUAUCACGAUUUGCCACGAGAUUCAGGACUGACAGGGCAGCAGUGUCUCGACGCGCACAAGAUAUUCUGCAACACCCAUGCUCCCGUGCGCGUCGAGAUGCCGAAGCCAGAAAAGAACGGCAAGCCCCCAGUCCUGGAAUUUAAAAACUUCCACCACAUGUCAAAGAUGCCCAUCGUCGUUUACGCGGACUUUGAGGCCAUGCUCGUGCCCAUCUCAUCAUGCCAGCCGGACCCCCAGCAAUCGAUCACACAGGCCUACCAGAAACACGAAGCCUUAGUUACUGUAUAUAUGUGAAAGUCGACAACGAUAUAAUCCCAGCCACACUCACCACCUCGCUGCCGCAAGAGCCAAUUCUGUACAGGGGUCCCGAUGCUGAGGCAAAUUUCGUGGAGACCAUUGUUGACAUUGGUAAAAAGGUUAAGGACAUAUACGAGACAAGCCUGCCAAUGACGUCGCUGACGACUCAAGAAUAUGUCAGCUUCGUCGCAGCCCAUCAGUGCUGCUACUGCAACAAGGUCUUCACAUCCGACAACCGCAAGGUCAGAGACCACGACCAUUUUAGUGGUAAGUAUCUUGGUGCCGCCUGCAACAGCUGCAAUCUCCUGCGCAGGCGGCCCAAGAAGCUUGUUGUGUACUUCCACAACCUCAGCUAUGACGAAAUGUUUAUCAUCAAGAAACUGGGCUACGACAACAAGGAUAUAUUUAUUAUUCCCCACACGCAAGAGAAAAUGAUUACAUUCUCUAAGAAUCUGGGUAACAAAUUUUCAGUGCAGUUUAUCGAUACAUUCAGGUUCAUGGCACGAAGUUUGGCGUCCCUCGCGUCGUACCUGCCAGCCGACAAAUUCGUUGAAACAUCAAAAUUCUUCACCCAAAAUGAAUUGAAUCUUGUGACAAGAAAAGGUGUGUUCCCCUACGACUACGUGAACUGCUGGGAAAAACUUGACGAGCCACAACUGCCUGCGAAAGAGGAGUUUUUCAAUAUAUUAAAUGACAGCCAUAUAAGCGAUGCAGAAUACAGUCAUGCGCAGGCAGUGUGGAGCGAGUUCGGCUGCGUGACCCUGGGCGAAUACAGCGACGUCUACCUCAAGACGGACGUGCUGCUGAUGACGGAUGUGUUCGAAAACUUUCGACAGCUCUGCCUCAAGACCUACGGCAUCGACUGCAGCCACUACGUCAGCGCGCCAGGUUUCACGUUCGAUGCAAUGCUAAAGCAUACAAAGGUACAGCUGGAGUUGAUGACAGACUACGACAUGCACAUGUUCGUCGAAGCUGGGAUCAGGGGCGGGGUUGCUCAAGUGGUCAAGCGCCACUGUAAGGCCAACAACGUUUGCCUUCCCCGCACCUACGAUCCCAGCCAGUCAUCAACCCACGUCAUGUACCUGGACGCCAACAACCUCUAUGGAUGGGCCAUGUCCCUGCCUCUUCCCGCCAGCGGCUUCAGGUGGGCGGGCACGGACAUUGACGUCAUGAGCAUACCGGACGAGGGGCGGAUGGGGUACAUCCUACAAGUGAAUGUUGAGUACCCAUCCGCCCUGCAUGACGAGCACAAGGACCUGCCGUUCCUGCCCGUCAACAAGUGCCCGCCCGGCUCGCGUCAGCCUAAAUUAAUGACGACGCUCGAGAAAAAGAGUAAUUACAUAGUACAUUAUAGAAACCUGAAGCAGGCUCUCCAGCACGGACUGCGAAUCACAAAAGUACACCGAGUUCUGGAAUUUGAGCAGCGUGCGUGGAUUAAGCCCUUCAUUAUAAAAAAUACGAUUAUGAGACAGAAUGCUUCCAAUGAAUUCGAAAAAGAAUUUUUUAAGCUGGCAAACUAUGCAUGUUUUGGUAAACUAUUAGAACAAAAGAGGAAGAGGCAGCGGAUGGAACUCGUAUGCAGCGAGAAGAGACUGCGGAAAGUAGUGGCAAAGCCAGCGUUCCAGGACAGGACAGUUCUCGAUGGAAACUUGGCUCUGAUCAAACUCCAGCAUGAGAGUAUCCUCUUUGACCGCCCUGUAUAUGCUGGUUUAGCCAUCCUGGAGUUGUCCAAAACGCUCAUGUACAAUUUCCAUUACGACAUCAUGAAGGUAAAAUAUAAAGACAACAUCACGCUGGCGUACAUGGAUACGGACAGUUUCAUCUAUGAAAUCAAAACGCACGACUUUUACCAGGACCUCGCCGACGACUCUGCGCUCAUGAGCGUGUUUGACACGAGUGCGUAUCCCAUUGACCACCCCUGCUACUCGCCCACCAAUAAAAAAGUGGUGGGCAAAUUCAAAGAUGAGUGCAAUGGGGUGGCGAUGGAGGAGUUUGUCGGCCUCAGAGCAAAAUUAUAUACAUAUAAAUAUAACGAUAAUAUAUCCAAGAGAGCUAAAGGAAUUCAGAAAUGUGUGGUGAAGAACAAAAUUACGUUUGAAAAUUUUCUUGAAGUCCUGGAACACCACACAACAAAGCGUGCGCAAGUCCGGUCCAUAAGGUCGCACCAAAUGGUAUUGUACACAGAAACUAUGAAUAAAUUGGCACUUAGUUGGCACGACGAUAAACGCAUAAUAUGCGAUGACGGAAUUCAUACGUUACCAUAUGGGUACAAUGGAUAAUGCUAUUGUAGCUCAAUAGUUAUACAUACAAAAUAUGUCUGCAAAAUAGUACAAUAUUUUUAUUUUACAAAGAAAAAAAAAAA